AUGUCUAUCCGAAGAGCUUCUCACGCUGGAUCAUGGUAUUCAGAUAGUGCGCGAACUCUUUCUCGCCAACUAGAUGACUGGCUGGGCCAGGUGCCGGACACGCUAGAUAAAGUGGGCUCCGUCCCAGUGCCCGGAGGUCGAGUGGUCAUUGCACCGCACGCCGGCUAUGCCUACUCCGGACCAUGCGCUGCCUUCGCCUACAAGGCGCUCGAUUUAUCCAAGGCAAAGCGUAUCUUCAUCUUGGGUCCGUCCCAUCAUUAUUCCCUAUCCACGCUGGCUCUACCCCAGGUCACCUCGUACGAAACUCCGCUAUCCGAUGACCCUCUCCCGCUCGAUAUGGACAUGAUCAGUGAGCUGCUCACCAAGGUUGCCAUCAAACCCAAUGGCUCAAAGCUACACUUCACAACUAUGAGUCGAUCUGUCGACGAAGAUGAGCACAGCAUUGAGAUGCAGCUGCCGUACAUCCAUCGCCUCCUGCAGUUGCAGCUCCCCGACACCCCAACAGCGCAAUACCCACCGCUUAUUCCAAUCAUGGUAGGGAGUACCUCUGCCACUACCGAGCAAGCAUUUGGGGCCUUGCUCGCUCCGUAUUUGGCCGACGAAGAGAAUGCGUUUGUGAUUAGUUCAGACUUUUGUCACUGGGGACUUCGCUUCCGCUACACGUAUUAUGUGCCCCAGGCUCCGUCGCCCGGUCCAAUCCUUCCCCUUUCUAGCUCAGAGCUGCCACAGCCUGAGCCUGAAUCAGAUGGCACUGCGGCCUUGGAGAGGGUUGAGUCGGUAUGCGCGGGUUACCAUUUGCAACGACGUGAUCGAAUUGCAGGGACGGAGCCUGCCAUUCACGAAAGCAUCUCUGCGUUCGAUAUUGCCACCAUGGCCGCCAUCACAACAGGAUCAGCCCAGGUCUUUCUUGACGCGAUUGAGCAAACAGGAAAUACGGUCUGUGGUCGCCACCCAAUUGGAGUUAUCAUGGCAGCAUUUGAGGCAGUGGGUAAAAGCUCGUCGGGGACCAAGAACGGUCUCUUCCACUUUCUGCGCUAUGAGCGCAGCUCUGAUGCGGUAGAGGUUGCGGACAGCUCUGUCAGCUAUGUCGCUGCAGUAGCAGCUCUUUGA